UCUUCUGGAAAGUCCUCCUGAUAUUAAACAGCAGAGCUAACUAGCUAAGUCACUUAGCUUUCGAUAACGUCUGUAAAGUUGUUUCCAAGUGAUCUUUUAAAGCAAUAUUGAGAGGUUCACCGUCUUCCGUGUGAUAUAUUUCAUCAUGGUUAACUUUAAAAAGUUCCGCUCUUUCUGCAGCUUGUUUUGGUCCGUUUUCGUGGCAUAGUUGGAAAGCUAACGCUGUUAGCCAAGCAUUUUGGUCUUCCUAACAAAAAAGCCUAGCCUCCUGUGAGCCUUGUGGGACGGCAGAAGAUCGUAACUGUGAUCGCUGGAUUUUUUUUGACAGCAAAACACUGAAAAUGUCUAUUUUAGGGCUUAAAAAGAAACAGCCAAAGACUUUUAAAGUCAAAGUUGUCACCAUGGAUGCUGAGAUGGAGUUCAGCUGUGAGGUGAAGUGGAAAGGCAAAGACCUUUUUGACUUGGUGUGUCGCACUGUUGGUCUGAGGGAGACCUGGUUCUUUGGACUCAGGUACAUAGUGAAGGACACCUGCGCUUGGCUGAAACCAGAGAAACGGGUCUUGGAUCAGGAGGUUCCCAAGGACUCUCCCAUAACAUUUCAUUUCCUGGCGAAAUUUUUUUCAUCCUUUUUUUCCCCUCAUUUCCUACUGGCUCCUCUUGGAUCUCACUCUCAGUAUGGGGACUACGACCCAAAUUUUCACAAGCCCGGUUUCUUGGCCCAAGAUGAGCUUUUGCCAAAAAGGGUAUUAAUGCAAUACCAAAUGACAGCUGACAUGUGGGAGGAGAAGAUUACAGCUUGGUAUGCAGAGCACAGAGGCAUUGCCAGGGAUGAGGCUGAGAUGGAAUAUCUCAAAAUCGCUCAGGACCUUGAGAUGUACGGGGUCAGCUACUUUGCCAUCACUCAAAAUAAGAGGGACACAGACCUGUUGCUUGGAGUAGAUGCCCAGGGCCUUCACAUCUACAGUCCCAACAGUAAACUCAACCCUAACAAGUCCUUCCCUUGGAGCGGCAUCCGCAACAUCUCUUACAGCGAGAAAGAGUUCACAAUCAAACCCCUCGACAAGAAGAAAGAUGUUUUCAAGUUCUACUCUUCUCAACUGCGUGUCAACAAACUGAUCCUGCAGUUGUGCAUCGGUAAUCAUGAUCUGUUCAUGAGGAGGAGGAAGGUUGACUCAAUCGAAGUGCAGCAGAUGAAGGCUCAAGCCAAAGAGGAGAAGGCUCGGAAGAAGAUGGAACGGCAGAUCCUGGCACGGGAAAAACAGAUGAGGGAGGAAGCAGAACGAGCAAAAGAAGAGAUGGAACGACGACUCUUCCUGCUGCAAGAUGAGGCACGACUGGCCAAUGAAGCACUGCUGCGAUCCGAGGAGACAGCGGACCUCCUGGCAGAGAAGGCUCAGAUCGCAGAGGAGGAGGCCAAGCUGUUGGCCCACAAAGCUGCAGAAGCUGAGCAGGAGAGGCAGAGGUUAGAGGUCACCGCCAUGAAGACCAAGGAGGAGAAGAGGCUGAUGGAGCAGAAGAUGAGGGAGGCAGAGCAGCUGGCUGUCAAGCUGGUUGAGCAGUCCGAGAGGAGGUUAAAGGAGGCAGAUCACCUGAAACAGGACCUGACUGAGGCAAAGGAUGCUGAGCGGAGAGCCAAGCAGAAACUGCUGGAGAUCACCAAAACAACAUACCCUCUCAUAGCAGCCUACUCUACGCCCCCUGCUCCCCCCGCUGCACCUGAAGCAGUCGACUGUGCUUAUGAAUCCGCAUCGACACGCCUCGACUUUAAGGACUCUGAUAUGAAGAGGCUGUCUAUGGAGAUUGAGAGAGAGAGGCUGGAGUACAUGGAAAAGAGUAAACACCUGCAGGAUCAGCUGAAGGAGCUGAAGACAGAGAUCGAGUCUCUGAAGCUGGAGGAGCAGCAGCAGCAGGCCGGCCUCUACAACCACCGCAGUGAGGCGAGGGGAUACGUCCAGGAGCCUCCUGUCUACCUACCUCACAGCAAUCGCAACUCUGCUUACAUGUCUCAAAUGGCCUACUUUGAAGAAGUUUGAAUCUAAUCCUGCAAAAUGAGGGAGGACGACACUAGCUGUUGAGGCUCAGUGCUAUCUCUAAAUGUAUGGUAAAUUGACUUAAUGUACAGACACUUACAUACACCAUGACUAUGUGCUUUGGAAAGACUUUGAAAUCCCCCUAAACAACAAACAGCUACUACUGUUUUUACAGGCUGUCCUACUUCUUGGUUCCACCUGUUGCACUUCAGCACCCACAGCUCUGAAGCAGAGUCUUUAUGAAUAUGGAACGUACACGUGCAUGACACUGGUUCAUGUUUUGGGGCUGAGGAUGGAUGUAUGAACAAGUUCUGAUUUGCAGAUCGUGUUUUUUUUCUGGUUUUCAGGGAUACAUAGCGGAGAAUCAUAAUGACAAAUAACACGAGUGCCUUCAAAACAUUUUGGAAAGGACUGAAGUUAAAAUGUGUCAGAGACAGGUUUAUGGUAAAUUUCCUGUGUUAAAUGAAAUCCUGUAAUUUAAGUAAUUUCUUAGAAGACAAAAAAAAGAUUUGGCUCAUUUUCGUUCACAGCAGAAAAGGGAUUCUCAAAUGUGGCUUUUAAAAAGAAUACCUCAGAGAUAACCAAAUGCCACAGUUUUUAUACACUACCAAUAUAUUGUUGUAUUAGAUCUAAACAGAAAACAACAACCUAAAAUAACUCCUGAUGGAUGAAAUGUAGAUUGGAAAUGAUAAUCGUCAACUCGCUUAUAAAACUUCUUUUGUAAAAGUGAGAAUUGCAAAUUUAGCAGACUUGUGCAGGGAAAGUGUCAAGAUGUGACACCAUAAACAUUUCAAAUGCAGUGUUUUUCUUUGUUUCUCAUGUGUAUUUGCUUUUUUUUCUGUUACUUGGUCCAUACAUGCCUUUACUGACAUCCACAGAGUGCCUUUUUUUAGUUUUUAGUGCCUCAUUAUGAUGGUUACAAAGUCAACCAUUUCAACCUUUUGUGUUUUGUGCUCUUGACUGUUUAGUGCCUUAACUUUUUUUUGGUAAGAUUUGAGUUACUUGGGUUUGAACUUGUAUCACGUUGUAUUUUACCUAGCCUUAGAGUUGCUUCAAUUUUGGGAUUGUUUUCAUAUCCAGACUGAUUUAAAGAAAUAGCAGCUUGAUGGCUUUCUUUUGUGCUUUUUUUAUCCUCAGCUUAUGUCCUUCUCAGGGUGUUGGCGACAAUCACUGCAGCUUGAGUCUCUGUGUGUGUUUCCCCCUUUAAUUAUCAGCUCGAUGUUUACUUUUAAAGGGUUAUUUUAAAGCUCAGUAGUAAAUCAUGUAUUAAAGUCAGUACAUGCACUUCAUUUCACAAACACAGCCAUUGGUAAACCUGAGGCCAGAUGUCCAGCCAGCCAUCUGACAUUUCUUUAUUUAAUCUUUAUUUUACCAGGAAAAUAUUCUGACAAACAAUAUAAGAUCUCUUUUUCAAGAGAAUCCUGGCCAAGACAGCCGCAUAAAAGUUUCAAAGAGAGCAAAGACAGACAUGUUUGCUUAUUUGGAUCGGUGUGUUGUAUGUACUUCAUUAUGAACUGAACAUUGAUUUUCUUUUUGUUUAGAAAUGAGUGAGGGUUAAACCUUGGUCUUGUGUAAAUGAGAUUUUGUUAUAAACAUAUGGGCUACAUGACUUAGCUUGUAUCUUUAACUUUAUUUAUUUGUGCUAUAAAUCCCUAAAUAAUAUCAGCAUACACUCUUAUCAGGCCAGUCUUUGUGGGCUCUUGUUUGUAUUCAAUUCAGUAUUUGGUUUUGUUUUAUUCUGAAAUGGUCAUUUCCUGCCAAGCUUAAAAUUGAUUUUCCAAUAAGAAGAACUUUUUUUUUUUAAAUCUCUGUUCUUUAAGGGAUUUGGUUCAUUUUGAAGUGUCCCAAAAACUCUCGUGCUCGACUAGGUUCUUUUUCAAUGUUUUUGUAAGCACAUGUCAUUGCGUGUGUCUUUUUAUUGCAACAGUAAUCAUUCAUGACGGUUUUAUUUUCCAUCUGAUAUCUGGCAGACAUAAAGACAUUUUAAUUGAUAAUAGACUUAAAGACAAUUCUUUGAAAUGUAUAAUAUGCAGUUGAAUUUGCAUCAAAUAACAUUUACUGUAUUAAAAAAAAAAAUACAAUGA